CUUCAAAUAAAGACUUUACCGUCCUCAAAUUGGAGCACUGUAAUCAUCACUACUGAAAUUCUGAGUGAACUGAAGAUUGACAGCAUCCCACUUAUGACAGCCUUCAGUGCUCUUCAGACUUGGAAAUGUUACUUCUUCUCAACGUUUGUCGCGGUUGGAAUUUUAAGCCUCUUUUACAUUUUCCGGCUAGAAGUGGCUGAUUCCUAUAUCUUUAAACAGUUGUUUCGAAAGAGAAACGUACCUGACAAUGAAACGAGCUCAUAUAUAAUGAUAAAUGAAACUAAUGCAGAGAUUGCAAACCACAUUUUCACAAAUGCUUAUAGACCGACCACGCCCGCAUCAGUUGAAGAGGAAAGAAGUAUUGGAGUUCAGAAUGUAGAGAUUACAAGGCCCGGGUUCAUAUCUUGCAAAGGCAAUGCAACACGGGAAGCAUACGGGGACUCAGAUUGUUCUGAUAACUCAAGGCGAGACAAUUUGUGCCAUCUUCUUCGUGCCUGGACUAUUGCAGCCAAGGAACACAACAUUAUUUACACUUUAGCUGCAGGGAGUCUUAUUGGAAUGCUACGCAAUAACGAUCUAAUUCCCUGGGAUACAGAUAUCGACAUAUUCCUCCACGUGAAAUAUUUCCCGCUUUUGCAAAAAUGGGAGAAAGAGAAAAUGUUUACAAGUCUUGAAGAAUCAAUCUAUCUGGCGACUCAGCCAGGACCAGUAAAUAAUGUUCCCGAGGAAAAAAGAACGCGUCACAACUGUAACGGAAAGGUGACGUCAAGUUACUCAGACAUGUGCUCUUUUCUAGAGCCUAUGGCGAGGUUAAUAAGAGGAAAUUGCUUUAUUGACUUUUUUCAUUAUGAAGAAAAAGACGACAUGGUGGUAGAGCAUAAAGAAAAUCUUGCUGUUAGCAUGCAUAAAUAUACAGAUUUCUAUCCCUUUAGGCCGUGCGUUUUCAUGGGUUUUUCAGUUUCAUGUCCAAACAAACCCUUGGAAGUUUUACGAGUUACUUACAAUAGUAAGUCUGACAUGAGGAAACCGCCCAAAGUUUGUAAGAAUGGUAACUGGGUUUCUAAUAAAUGAAAACUAACAAACAAACUUUAACCUACAACUUUUGACUUGGUUGUAGAAUGGCGUAUUAUUUUGUCACUAGUUAAUAAGUUUUGUUUUUACAGGAAGUUCUUGAUUUUAUCUUGAUCUACCGGUUUGCACCAUUUUUCGUUCUUGAUUUUAACUUGAUCUACCGGUUUUGCACCAUUUUUAAAUUACCUGUCUGUAUAUGUGACUUUUCCAACACGUGUAGUUCAGUGGAGUCGCGAGUAAGGAGUUAAGUUUCAAGUUUCAAGUAUUUCCUAUUCGAUUAGGGAAAAUUUUUAUUCGAUCAAUGAACGCCAAUCGAGUUUAUAAAAUUGUUAAUCAGCCAAAGACUAGUUCUAAGUGAGGUUUUGGGAGUAUAAAAGUCAUUAAAGAGAUCAUAUUCAUA